AUGGUUCAAUUGGCCAUAGAGUUAUCCGAGUUCGACCUUAAGUACGAAACUUGGACUGCAAUUAAAUCCCAAUGCCUCACUGACUUCGUAGCGGAAUAUGCAGGAGAUCAAAAGGAAGCCUCAACAACAUGGGAGCUAUACGUGGAUGGCUCUUCCAACAAGGUCGGAAGCGGUGCAGGCAUAACACUAGUCAACAAAGAGGGAAUACAAAUAGAAGUUUCCCUCAAGUUUGAAUUUCCAGCUUCUAACAACCAGGCAGAAUAUGAAGCCUUUAUCGCCUGGUUGAAGCUGGCGGAGGAAGUCGGUGCAACCAAAAUAGUGGUCUUUAGCGACUCUCAGGUGGCAACCUCUCAAAUCAAUGGAGAGUACCAGGCUAAAGAUUCCAAUAUGAAGAAGUACUUAGACAUAACUCUGGAACAUCUCAGGUGGUUCUCGGAGACUGAGGUCAAACACGUAACUCAAGAUCUCAAUAGCAGAGCAGACGCCCUUUCAAAGUUAGCAAGUACUAAACCAGGAGGGAAUAAUAGAAGUCUAAUCCAAGAAACUCUCUAA